AUGGGAGAAGCUACAAAGUACACUCUGCCGGAAACCGUCCGUUCGAUCGUGUUUAAGGAAUCCGAGAGUUUGGAUGGCGCGUACCCCAAAAUCGAGGGCUACGAUUUCAACAAGGGCGUCAAUUACGACGAGCUUUUCAAGUCCUUCGUUCGAACUGGAUUUCAGGCCUCCAACCUUGGCGAUGCGUUUCAGAUAGUUAAUGAAAUGCUAGAUUGGAGGCUCUCGGAUGAGACUCCCGCAGAAGAUUGCAGUGAAGAGGAGAGGGAUGCUGCUUAUCGAAAUUCGGUGAGGUGUAAAGUGUUUCUUGGCUUUACUUCUAAUCUCAUCUCCUCUGGUGUUCGUGAGCAUCUCUGUUAUCUUGUGCAGCAUCGCAUGGUUGAUGUAGUGGUAACAACGGCUGGUGGUGUAGAGGAGGACCUUGUGAAGUGUCUUGCACCUACCUACAGAGGUGAUUUUUCUCUGCCUGGUGGUGUUCUUAGGUCGAAAGGUCUGAACCGCAUUGGUAACUUGUUGGUUCCUAAUGACAACUACUGUAAGUUUGAGGAUUGGAUCAUCCCAAUUUUUGAUCAGAUGUUAGAGGAGCAAAAUUCACAGAAUGUACUAUGGACACCAUCUAAAGUAAUUGCUCGCCUGGGGAAAGAAAUCAAUAAUAAGAGUUCAUACCUGUAUUGGGCAUUCAAGAACAAUAUCCCGGUUUUCUGCCCCGGCUUAACAGAUGGUUCACUCGGAGACAUGUUGUACUUCCACUCAUACAAAAACCCUGGUUUGGUGAUCGAUAUCGUGCAAGAUAUUAGAGCAAUGAACAGUGAGGCUGUCCACGCUGGCCCAAGAAAGACUGGGAUGAUAAUACUCGGAGGCGGGCUGCCCAAACAUCAUAUUUGCAAUGCGAAUAUGAUGCGAAAUGGAGCCGAUUAUGCGGUUUUUAUCAACACUGCACAAGAAUUCGACGGGAGUGACUCGGGGGCCCGCCCAGAUGAAGCCGUGUCAUGGGGAAAAAUUCGAGGUUCUGCUAAGACUGUCAAGGUGCAUUGUGAUGCAAGCAUUGCAUUCCCUAUGCUGGUUGCGCAAACAUUUGCUUCGAAGAUAGAGAAAUAUACUCAGACGCGUUCUUGA